AUGUCUAUCAAUACUGCGUUAUUUGAAAAGGUUUAUAAUUUUCUCCGUGAUUCCCCUUUAGAACACAUCACUGCAGUUUCCAUAGUCAAUCAAGUGAUAGAAGAAGAGCCGUGGUUUCCUAAGGAAAAUUCGAGACAAAUAAUUUAUAAUGCCAUUGCUUCUAUAAAAAAUCUAUAUGGAGAGAAUUCUGGAAAAUAUGGGAAACUCAAUGAAAUUCCGUUUAAG